UGGAAUAUCGUCAUAAAUAAGCUCUGUUCUACGGUAAACCAAACCGAUAGUUACACAAAAACUUCAGCAGGAUAAUAUUCACAGGUGAACGCCACACCAUUUUCGAACCAUAUAAAUCCUUCACAAAUACCUAUUUCACCGAUGGACGUCGUCGUCCAAAAAAGUUAACGCGUCAGCACUAAGUAAUAACAGCGCCCUCUGUGGUCCGGCGGCCUUAUACACGUUAAUGUUAGCUGAAAUUUGCUGGAUUAAAAUGUAAAGGAUGGAGCCACUGUUCAGUCCGCCGCUUCACAGGCAGAGACACCAUUAUGUCAUCGAUUUUGUCAAGAGGAACAAACCACUUAAGGUGGUGGACUUGGGCUGCGGUGAGUGCAGCCUUCUCAAGAAACUCAAGUUUCACCGUGAAAUUGAACUUCUGGUUGGAGUGGACAUCAAUGGUGCCAAAGUAAAGAAACACAUGCAUGGAUUAGCUCCCCUAUCAACGGACUAUCUGCAGCCAACUUAUGAUCAGCUGCGCAUUGAGCUGUACCAGGGCUCAGUCACACAGAAAGACGUCCGCCUCAGAGGUUUUGACCUGGUGACCUGUGUGGAGCUCAUAGAACAUCUCACCCUUGUUGAUGUGGAGGGCUUCUCUGAGGUGGUGUUUGGUUACAUGAACCCAGUUACAGUUAUCGUCAGCACCCCAAACUCCGAGUUCAACCCCCUUCUGCCUGGACUGACAGGUUUCAGGCACAGUGACCACAAGUUUGAGUGGACUAGAGCCGAGUUCCAGUCCUGGGCUCUGAAGGUGUGUCUGGACUACAGUUAUGAGGUGGAGUUCACUGGUGUUGGAGAGGCACCACCAGGCCAGCAGCAGAGUGUUGGCUACUGCACCCAGAUUGGUGUUUUUCACCGGCUCAUGGAGAGAGAUGGCUGCAACAUGUUGUGUGGUGAUGAUAACGAAGAUUUGUUUUCAUACACACUGCUGUAUACUGUCAACUACCCUAGCCUGCGUGACAACAACAUCUUACGAAGGGUCCUAGUGAGUGAGGUCUUGUACUGGACAGAAAGGCUAAAGACAAGAUGGAUGGAGGAGAAUACUGGAGAGAGGGAUGAUGGCUUUACAUUGUGCCAGACUGAGGGAGCAGUGGAGGGAUGUCUCAGAGCGUUAGAGCCAUGCAUGGAGAUGGAACAGACAGCAUCUGGAGAAGAGAGGGAACAUCUAAUGGAGCACUGUGUUGGAGCCAUGUCAGAGGCCCAUGAAGGUCCGGAUGAAGAGGCGUCUUGGACGAACACCCAAGGAAAUCAGGAGUCUUACAAACCGCGAAGGUGUGUGUCUGUUCCUCUGGCUGUGCUGUGGUCAUGUUGCCCUAAAAUUGGUACCCUGAGUGGAAGCCUCAGUAAUCUCAGACAUCUCCUGAUGGGGGAACCUGAGGUUAAGCUGAGCCAGGAUGGUUCUGCUGUGCUUGUGCAGGUGAAAGACACUGUGGAAGAGGAUCAGACUGAUUGGGAUGACAGCGGGUAUGCAGAGGCCUGCUGCUCACACAGUGCUGAGCAAGAGGAAGACUGGGAGGCAAAUGACUGAUGUGGAGGACACGGUGUUGUUGGGACAAGUAGGUUACUUGUUCAAAAUGAUCAAGAACAAAUCACAAGAGGGGAAAAUGGUGUCAAGUGGAGAAUUAAAGUGUUGCACAAAAUCUGUUCAAAUUUCAGCUUUGGAUCAAGAUGAUUUAGAUGGUUUGAAUGAACCACAGCUGUUUCAAUUGUGAAACAAAUGUCUUGAGGCAGGUGAAAAUAAAUAUCAGUUGGAAUGUAAAAUA